AUGAACGUUGAUAGGUGUUGGGAGCAGUACUACAAGACCCUCAAGCUGAUAUACUUGGAAGAGAACAAAGAGACAUGUCAAAGGGAGAUUGACCAUCUAGUUGAUACUGCUAUUGAGCUAAAGGAGAAGACCUACUCCAACGCGGUGCUGGAUUUAGGAAGACAGUUCCGCGAAGUAUGUCCUAAAGCUAGAAUUAUGUGGAAGACAUCUUCGAUUGCCGGUAACUUCUAUCCUCCCAUAUCAAUUUCUGACAUUUAUUCUCCAGUGAUAGCUAAUGUUUUUGACCAGACAACUAGACUAGAGUGUCGCAGGCAGGAAUAUUCGCUUAGAAUGCCACUACAAGAGGAACCAAAUUUCACAGGUAUUCAGCAACAUGCACAGGUAUCAGAUUGUUCCUUGGUUGUUUCCCUAAUUAAUAUCAAUCGAUAUAAAACUACCAUGCCAGUAGUUAAGCAGGUUGCUGAGAAUUUAUAUGCAACGAACCUUUACUUCAAUGGGGCACAAAGAAGGUUAGUGCUGGUUUCAACCGAAAAUAUUCCAACCAUGCAAGAUGAUCCAACGAAGCAGAUGUCUGUCCAUAGUGCUAACAAGAUCAAUAAGAUACUAGAAUUGGGACUGUUAAAAUUAACAUCACUGUCCUACCAUUCAGAAGGCUCUAAUACCGCUAUAGAUACAUAUCGGUUAUGUGGUUGGAUACCAGAUAUAUCAAGUAUAAAUGAGUUUAACUUUCUCAAAGUACACAAGGCUUUCAGUAGAGGCGAAUGUCUCAUAGCUAUGGGAACUGGUGGAUUUGUUCCUAAAGAGAACAUAUUCGGAGUUAAAUUACGUAAAUAUCACGAUUACGCUGUUCUGGAUAUAGAUAUGAUAAAUGAGGUAGUUACAUUGCGUGAUCCAUUGAUAAGUGAUACCUUGUUAACUAUUAACUUUGACAGUAUCAGAAAAUAUUUCCUUCAAGUUUAUUGUAACUGGGACAGUUCUAAGCUAUUUAUGUUCACAAAGGAUACACAGAUUUUCUAUUCUGAUAAGAAAUUUAAUCCUUACCAAACUUUGGCAGGAAAGCCUACUUUCUACCUCAAGAAUAAUUCUGAUAGGGAUGAGUAUGCAUGGGUUCUGCUAGAAUUCCAUCUAGACAAAAAUAAUAACACCACAGCUUAUUUACAGGAAAUACCAGACAGAAUUUCAACAGUUAGAUUGGGAUAUAAUGAUAAUUCAGCGGAAACGGGAUUCCAAUUAAUAAAGAUAAGGUUGAAACCCAAGCAAUGUAUUUGGUAUUUUUGUUACAGCUCUACAGAUAAGAUGUUGACAUUUCAUACAUACUCUACCAGUAGUGAUGUUGUGUUUGUGAGAUCUAAGAUGCCGGGCUGUGAUUUUGAUGUCACUGAAUGUGCCAUACUACCGGAAAACAUAGUACCCAUGCAAUACCCUAAUCAUUCUGAAACCGAUAUCUAUUACCUUGCAUCUAUUGAUUUUUCAAUAGAAGGAGAACCUGGAAUUACAAUAAUAACUGAUAUGGUCGUGUGCUUGGAAACGGAUGAUGACUUGGUGAAUUUCCAGAUGUUUCAUUGGGAUGAUCUAGAUUUCAAUUCACCAAUAUAUGAUGAAUUCUACAUGAAUGAGAGAAUGUUUGAAAAGAAAGAUCUUCCAUUGACUAGUGGUGAACGUUAUAGAAUUGUUGCAUCAACAGCAAGGCCGCCAAUUUCUAAAGGAUAUCAAUGUGCUGUGUCUGGAAUAAAUAUUCAUGCAGACUAUCCUUGUAGUUACAAGUUACGGGAAUCAGAUGUUCGGUAUAACUCUAUGAUGUUUAAACUUCCUCAUGUUUUUACGUUAGCCUCCACGGGCAUAACUAAAAUUAGCCUAGUUAACAGAAACAAGUACAAUAAAGUUUUUAUGCGGAUAUAUCCUCAGACACAGGAGGAUUACAGAUAUAACUACAGGGUAAUUAGUGCAGACACUGGAGAGGAUCUAGUGAAGCCAGGUAAUAAUAUUCAAAAACUUUAUGGUGGAAUUGUAAUAAAGGAAUUUCUUGUAUCUGAUCAGACUAAUUUGGAGCUUCAUUUGUCUUUCCAAGAUAAUGGUCGUGUGCCAGUGGAGUUGAAAUGUCAAUUGUAUGUUGGAAGUGUAAAAAUAAUUACGUUGUCUUAA